AUGGAUGACUUGACCUUGCUGGGUGCUAACAAUUUCCACCGUUUCACCCACGAAUCUUUGGCUACCAUUCAGAAGCGCAUUGCAGCCAAGAAAGAAUGCGAAGACAUACCACUUAUGGACAAGCCUCGCCCUCAGCUUGACUUACAGGCUUUCCAGAAGCUGCCGGCUCUCUAUGGAAACCUUCCUCCCGAGCUCAUUGGAGAGCCCCUUGAGGAUCUGGACCCCUACUAUAAUGAUCAUAAGACGUUCAUGGUACUGAACAAAGGGAAAGCCAUCUUCCGGUUUACAGCCACUCGUGCUCUGUGGAUCUUUAGCCCUUUUCAUCCAAUCAGACGACUAGCAAUUAAAAUUUUGGUCCAUUUGUUCACCAUGUUUAUCAUAGUCACUAUUUUAAUUAACUGUGUCUUCAUGACUUUCUCGGAAUCACCACAAUCGGGCACCAACGAGACUUCUUCAAGCAGAUACGUUGAGUUCACUUUCACUGGUAUUUAUACCUUUGAAUGUCUAAUCAAGAUAUUGGCAAGGGGUUUCUGUUUGAACGAGUUCACUUUCCUGCGAGAUCCAUGGAACUGGUUGGAUUUUAGUGUGAUUAUGAUGGCAUACAUCGGAGCGUUUAUUGACUUGGGUAACGUUUCAGUUCUUCGGAUGUUUCGGGUGCUGAGAGCUUUGAAAACAAUUUCUAUCAUCCCAGGUCUGAAGGUCAUUGUUGGUGCCCUCAUCCAGUCCAUCAAGAAACUUGCAGAUGUGAUGAUCCUGACUGUCUUCUGCCUGAGUGUCUUUGCCCUCAUUGGCCUCCAACUCUUUAAGGGGCAUCUGAGACAUAAAUGUGUCAAGAACUACACAGAGUAUGUCAACAAGAGCAAAUGGCUGCAGCAUCCCAAUGAGACAUCGAUUCCCAAAGAACACAACUUGAUUUCCUAUCAGGAGUUCAUCCUUAAUGCAGAUAAUUACAUCUUUAAGAAUGACACCGAAGACUAUUUAUUGUGUUCUAAUAGUUCAGAUGGUGGCUCCUGUCCACGAGAUUCUGUUUGCCUGAAGGUUGGAGGUAACCCCGAUUACGGAUUCACAAGCUUUGACACUUUCGGCUGGGCCUUUCUCUCCUUGUUCCGUCUUAUGACACAGGAUUACUGGGAGCGCCUCUAUCAACAGACUCUCAGAGCUUCGGGGAAGAUCUAUAUGCUGUUUUUCAUGCUGGUCAUCUUCCUGGGAUCUUUCUAUCUGGUCAACCUGAUCCUGGCUGUGGUCACGAUGGCAUAUGAAGAACAGAGCAAAGCUACUAUUGCUGAAACAGAGGCCAAAGAGAGGAAAUUUCGGGAAGCCAUGGAGAUGCUAAAGAAAGAGCAGGAGGAAUUAGCUGCCAAAGAAAAUGAUAGCAUGUCGCACAGCUCCUUUGAUGUGUCACCGAUAGCAUCCAAAGAGGUCAAAGAACGAAGCAACAGAAUGAAGAAGCUGUCUUUAGGGAUGGAAGAUUAUGGAGAGGAGCAAAAAACCCCUCAGUCUUACUCUAGUGAAAGUCAUCAGAAAUUGGCUGUCCUUACCCACAGUUAUGCUUCUAGUUCAAACCCAGCGAAACGUCGACCUAGCCAUGGCAGCGUAUUCAAUUUCCAUGUACCAAGGGGUGAAUUUGGGGAGGAUGAUUCUAGCAGCGCUGGGGAGAUGGAGAACCAGCGUGGCUUGCUGCUCGCUACGCGGAUGGGGAGGCGGCCAAGCAUCCAAAGCCAAGCCAGCUACAAUUCUCGCCCAGGGACUCCGAAUUACAUGAUACCUGGACGAUGGAGCACUGGAGAGGAGUGCAAUGGGCCAAUCGCAUUGAUGGGGAGCAGUGGAGUAAGGCCACUCAAAGAACCCAUUUCAGGGGAAGGGGUGUUGCUUCCUCCAGUUAUGGAAAACCCCAGCAAAGGAGAUCUGACUCCUUCAUAUGAUGAGGCCAAAAGGAUGCUCCAAAGUCACCGUCUGUCUGUGGAUCAUUAUAACCAUCCGCUUCAAAGGCAGAGGGCAGCCAGUGCAGUCAGCAUCAUUACAAGUGUGCUGGAAGAACUUGAAGAAUCAAAUCAGAGAUGCCCCCCUUUUUUGAAGAAGUUGGCCUUCAGGUAUCUUGUCUGGGAAUGUUGCCCACUGUGGAUGAAAAUAAAGAAGAAAGUGAGCAUUUUUGUUAUGGAUCCAUUUACUGACCUCGCGAUCACACUUUGCAUUGUGAUUAAUACUCUUUUCAUGGCUCUAGAACACUACAAAAUGACACCCGGGUUCAAACUCAUGCUUUCCAUUGGGAACAAGAUUUUCACAGCAAUUUUUACUGCAGAAGUGAUCCUGAAAAUCAUUGCAAUGGACCCCUUUUACUAUUUCCAGCAGCGUUCAAAUAUCUUUGACAGUAUUGUUGUUUUCAUCAGCAUCAUUGAAUUGAGCAUUCCCAGCGAGCCCCCAAAACCUGGCAAGGGAAAAAGAGGCGGAAAGAAAGGCACCUUCACCGUUUUACGAACUUUGCGGCUGCUGCGUGUCUUCAAAUUGGCCAAGUCUUGGCCAACCUUAAACACUCUUAUCAAAAUCAUUUUGAACUCCAUCGGUGCCUUGAGCAACCUCACCCUUGUUUUGAUCCUCAUCGUCUUCAUCUUUGCUGUUUUCGGAAUGCAGCUCUUUGGCAACAGCUAUAGGUUAGGUCGCUGCAAUAUCACUGCCACUUGCAGACCACGGUGGCAUAUGGAGGACUUUUACCACUCUUUCCUGGUUAUUUUCCGGAUUCUGUGUGGAGAAUGGAUCGAGACCAUGUGGGGUUGUAUGGUGGUGGCAGACACGCCCUUGUGCCUCUUAGUUUUCCUGUCAGUGAUGGUGAUCGGAAAUUUGGUGGUUCUCAAUUUGUUCAUUGCGCUACUACUGAACUCCUUCAGCGCUGACAAUCUCACUCAACUCCCUGAAGACGACAGAGAGACGAACAACCUCAAGAUCGCCUGUGCUCGAAUCCACCGGGGGCUUCAUGGAGCAAAACAGUGGAUGUUGGCUUUCUGUUUCAAAGCCUUUGGCUACAAGAAAAAAGCAGCUCAAAAGAAAAUAAAAUGUGACACUGAGAAAAACGGGCUGGAGCUUACAAAGGACGGACUUCAUUCCAAAGAAAAAUAUAGUAAUGGAGGGAAUGAGAAGAUUGGAGAAAGAUACUCAGUGAAUAAUAUCCUGGAUGAUUACAUUAGCAAUCCCAGUGUGUUUGUCUCCGUUCCCAUUGCUCAUGGGGAGUCAGACAGUGACGGUUCUGAAGAUGCUGCUGAUAAGCAAGAUACAGUCAUGGAGACAAAUCAUACCAAGCAGGCUGACGUCACCAGCUGUUCCGAAGGCAGCACUAUAGACAUACCGGAUCCUGAUGAAUUCUUGAAGAACAUCCCUGAACUAGCUGAAGAUUCAAAGGAGCCUGAUAAUUGUUUCCCAGAGAGAUUGACUCGUCAUUAUCCCUGGUGUUCAGUCAAUACCACAAAGUUUCCAGGCAGAAUGUGUUGGAAUCUAAGAAAAACGUGUUACCAAAUUGUAGAGCACAACUGGUUUGAGAGCUUCAUUGUAUUCAUGAUUCUGCUCAGUAGUGGAGCGCUGGCAUUUGAAGAUAUUUACUUGACUGAGAAACCAAAAGUUAGAAUGGUGCUGGAAUAUGCUGACAAAAUCUUCACCUAUAUCUUUAUAUUGGAGAUGCUGCUGAAAUGGGUGGCGUAUGGAUUCCACAAAUAUUUCACAAAUGCCUGGUGCUGGCUGGAUUUCCUAAUAGUAGAUGUCUCUUUAGUAACACUCAUAGCAAAUCUGGCUGGGAAGUCUGAGAUAGGUCCCAUGAAAUCUCUCCGGACCCUGAGAGCUUUGAGACCAUUAAGAGCCUUGUCACGAUUUGAAGGGAUGAGGGUGGUGGUCAAUGCCUUGCUCGGAGCCAUUCCUUCCAUUAUGAACGUCCUUCUUGUCUGCCUCAUUUUCUGGCUCAUCUUCAGCAUUGUGGGCGUCAGCCUCUUUGCUGGAAAGUUUGGGAAAUGCGUCAACAUGACCGAAGCCAAUUCCACCAUAAACGACGCACUGAUUAAAACGAUGACCGAUUGCAACAAGAAAAACAAUACUCGGUUGUACUGGACAACGGUUAAAGUGAAUUUUGACAAUGUUGGCUCUGGUUAUCUGUCUCUUUUACAAGUGGCAACUUUCAAAGGUUGGAUGGACAUCAUGUAUGCUGCAGUAGAUUCUGGAGAGACAGAACACCAGCCCAAAUUCGAAAACAACCAAUAUAUGUACCUCUAUUUUGUGAUAUUUAUUGUCUUUGGAUCUUUCUUCACUCUGAAUCUUUUUGUUGGCGUCAUCAUUGACAAUUUUAAUCAGCAGAAGAAAAAGUUUGGUGGAGAAGACAUCUUCAUGACAGAGGAACAGAAAAAGUAUUAUAAUGCCAUGAAAAAACUGGGAUCUAAGAAGCCUCAAAAACCCAUCCCAAGACCUUUGAACAAAUACCAAGGAUUCAUUUUUGACAUUGCAACCCACCAAGCCUUUGAUAUCAGCAUCAUGGUCCUUAUCUGCCUUAACAUGGUCACUAUGAUGGUGGAAACAGAUGAACAAUCUGCAGAGAAGACAUACGUUCUUAGCAAAAUCAAUGUCCUCUUCAUCACCGUCUUCACAGCAGAGUGUGUCAUGAAGCUUGUGGCUCUGAGAUACUACUAUUUCACCAAUGGAUGGAACAUUUUUGACCUGGUUGUUGUGAUCAUGUCAAUUGUUGGUAGUGUACUUUCCGGCAUUGUGGUUUCUUUCUCACCAACUCUUUUCCGGGUGAUCCGUUUGGUGAGGAUAGGACGAAUACUCAGGCUCAUCCGCUCUGCGAGAGGAAUCCGCACCCUCCUUUUUGCUUUGAUGAUGUCCCUCCCAGCUCUGUUCAACAUUGGUCUCCUGCUUUUCCUUGUCAUGUUCAUCUAUGCCAUUUUUGCCAUGGCGAACUUUGCAUAUGUCAAAAUGGAAGCUGGGAUUGACGACAUGUUCAACUUCAAGACCUUUGGGAACAGUAUGCUCUGCCUUUUCCAAAUCACGACGUCCGCCGGCUGGGAUGGACUUCUCAGCCCCAUUUUAAACACUGGCCCUCCCUUUUGUGACCCAAACCCCAUUUCACAAAGAGGGGACUGUGGGAACCCUGCUUUAGGCAUCAUGUUCUUUGUUACGUACAUCAUUAUAACCUUUCUCAUAGUUGUGAACAUGUACAUUGCUGUUAUUUUGGAGAAUUUCAAUGUUGCCACUGAAGAGAGCACCGAACCUUUAGGCGAUGAUGACUUUGAAAUGUUUUAUGAAGUGUGGGAAAAGUUUGACCCCCUUGCAACUCAAUUCAUCCCAUAUGCAAAACUUUCUGACUUUGCAAAUACUCUGGCAGCCCCUCUGCGUAUACCUAAACCAAACAAACUUGAGCUCAUAACAAUGGAUCUCCCAAUGGUGAGUGGGGACAGGAUCCAUUGCUUGGACAUCCUCUUUGCUUUCACCAAAAGGGUGCUUGGAGACUCCGGAGAGAUGGAUACGCUUAAGGUGCAGAUGGAGGAAAAAUUCAUGGCAGCCAAUCCAUCCAAGUCUUUUGAGCCUAUCAGCACCACUCUCCAAAGGAAGUAUGAGGAGAUGGCUGCUGUCACGCUCCAGAGAGCAUUUCGGAGUCACUUGCUUCAACGGUCCAUGAAGCAGGCCUCGUUCUUACACCGACAAAAAACCAGCGAUGGAGACAUCCUCGAAGAAGAUGCUCCGGAAAAAGAAGGCCUCAUUGCACAUCUCAUGAAUGAAAACUAUAUCAGCAGCCCUGACAAAACUCGAACACCAUCCUUAGAAUCCAUCCCUCCAUCCUACCAUAGCGUUACUGGAGCCCUGGAUGAUGGUGCCAAGGGGGAAACAUCCAGGGCUCUUGAGGAACCUAAAGAUGGACAUCUGUCUCCAAGGAAGGAUAAGGAAUCUGACAUGUAG